AUGACGUAUUACCUUGAAGACUUGAACGUUUAAGCUGUUUAAAGGUUCAAAGUGAAAUAAUUAUUUAGCUAAUAGCUUGUGGGAACAAGGACUAAAAUAAAAUCAAAAAUAAUCAAUUUGUAGAUAUUUGCGGGGACUACUUACGACCAGAUAAAACAUGUCGCAUUGUCACAUGCCGCGUGGAAUAAAUCACUUUUUUGGAUUGUAUUAUUCUAUGGAUAAGUACUGCUUACGGGCUACAAUGAACGGUCAUAUGGAUUUUCUAUUCUCAAUAAUUAUUUGUCAAACGAAAUGAUAUACGUCAUAAAUAAAUAACAAAAUUAAACAUAGUUAAAUAAUCAAUAAAUACAAUUUUAUAAUAAUUUCAAACAUCGAUAUUUUUAUGUCGCCCAGUAAUUAAAUAUAUCAUCUACUAGGCAGCAAAAAGUUUUCUCUGGGCGACAGAAAUGUCACCCAGUAUAUUAGUUAAAAUAUCCACUGGGUCAUUGAUCGGCAAAAUUGAGUCGUAUAUCAAUAUUAUUCUGAUAUUCCGUGAAAUCUUGAUUUCAUAUAUCCGGAUAAACCAGAUUGUACGGGCCGGAGUAUCUAAGCUCCUUGACCUGGUCUUGCAUAACCUCAUCUAACCCCAUAUUGAUGAUAAAUAAUUAUUUUUUACACUUAUUGUAAGAAUUAAUUGAAAUUAAUAUGAUUUCACUAUAAUGGAUCGAAAAAUUAAAUGAAAACCAGAUCCUAUCUCCACUGUAAGAUUCACGAAUAACAAAACACAACAAUAUAAAUAGAAAAAAUCACGUCGAGGUCACCAAAAUGUACGGGCCGGAGUAUAUAAUAAUAAUAUACGAGUCCGGACACCAAACUCCUUUUUUUACGCCACUAACACCUACGUCUAAAAAAUAUAAAAUGGAGGACUAGCUGGUGUGUAGUGUUGUAAUAGCUCGAACAGUAGUGGUCGGGAUCGCCUAGCAAAUACUGUCGGCUAUGUAGUGCUUGUUGUGGAUUAUGUGUAUUUGUGUAUUAAUAUGUGUAUGUAUGUGGGUGCGUGUACAAUAAAACAAAUAAUAAUAAAAUGGUUGACACACGUCGGUGUUCUCGGUAAGACGUACAAAACAGGACAGAUUUACGGCGGCCGUGCUAAAAUAUUCGCAUAGACGGCGCGGCGGCGUGCGAUAACGUUUAAUCUACAUAUUAUAUAACUCACAAAACACAUUCAAUACGAAAAUAAAUAUUAUAUAACUCACAAAACACAUUCAAUACGAAAAUAAAACAAUACAAAUAAGGUGGUAUGUGUGUGUGAGACCAGCUGUCUUCAAUGACCAGUAAUAAUUAACAAAUAAUAGUGUUGCGGCGGCAACACAGAUUUUUAAAAUUCGAACCUACCAAUCUCUAUAAAAAUACUAAAUAUGCAAUAUAAUACCGGUUUUAAAACACCGCGCAUCCAACCACCACCCAUUAACCAGCCUUGUCCUGUGUGCGAUUAUGUCACAGUUUGUUUGCCGUAAGAAUUUCGUCGUUUACCAUGGUAGUACUAUAGUAGACACUUAUAGUAGUACACUUCUACACUAAUACCAUUGUAAAAUAGUUUAUUUGGAUUUCGUCUAUCCAAACCAAAUAGCACGAGUUUUGGUAGGAUAAUUGGAAUAAUAUACCAACCUAUUUUUCAAAUGGCUCAAUUAGAUAAAAUUGUGGAAGCAUAUCGUGUGACGGCACAAUAUCCGGUAUUACUAUCUGCUAGAAUACUUAAUUCCUCAAAAACUUCUGUUAGUGUUCAUUCUGUUUGGAUACAAAAAGUUUUGGAGAGGCAAUCAGUAAUGAGGUUCCGGCAAACUGUCUUUUCAGAUUAUAAGACUUAUACCUUAACCUCACCGCCAACUGACAUAACAAAUGAGUUAAUCAGUGCGUACUCAAAAUCAAGUAAGUAUUUUUGUGUGGUCAGAGAAGUGAAAUCUGGAAAUGAAAUCAAACAGUACUUGGAAGUAUGGGCUGAUUGUUCAUUGGUAAAAAAUUAUGACUUGAACGCUUUAGAUGUGCGAAAAAUUUAUGCUGAUGCCGAAUUUGGAACUUUAGAGUGGUCUCCUGAUGAAACAAAAAUUAUUUACAUUGCUGAGAAAAAAGUUCCAAAGUCAGAACCAUUUUAUAAACAAAAACCAAGAGCACCUCGUAAAGAUGGUGUGGAUAAUAGUGACACUGUGCCGGGUAAAGAAUAUGAAUGGACCCAAGAUUGGGGCGAACAGUUGGCCGGAAAGAUUACUCCAGUUUUGAUAGUAUGUGAUAUAAAAACAGAUACUAUAGAUAUCCUUUCAAAUAUUCCAAAUAAUGUUAAUCCUGCAACUGCAACAUGGACACCUGAUGGAAAAGGAAUCGUGGCAAUUGGACAUAUAAUCACACCUCGUAAAUUGGGUCUAAUUUACUGUGCUAAUAGUCCUAGCAUUGUAUUUUCUCUCACAUUAGAUGGCCAAUAUGAUGUGCUGAGUUCCAAUUCAGAACAAUUGUGUGUGAGGUAUCCCAGGUUCAAUUUGAAUGGCACAAAGCUUGUGUGGUUAGAACGCUUAGCAGGUGGACCACACAAUUCAUGCUAUAAACUGAUCUCUUGUGAUUGGUCUACAAAAGAGACUAUUACGGUCGUUGAUUUUGACAAUCGAAUACUUCACAAUACUGAUUAUUACAAUGAACAAUUACCAUUCUAUGGCCUAUAUGACCAUAUAAAUCCUAUCAAUAUAUUACCAAGAAAUUGCUGGCUGAAUGAUCAUAAAACCCUUGUAUUGAGUACUCCUCAAGGUGGUUCAAUACACACAUUCGCUAUUGACACUGAAUCUAAAGAUAUCCGUUAUCUUCCAAUCACCAAACCGUUUCAUGAAAGUGUCAAUAUAAUAGAUGUUUGCAACAAUGUUUUAGUUUGUUAUAAAUCAUCGCUUAAUAAGCCUGGGCAAUUAUUUGCCAUAAAAAUACUUUCCACGUGUGAAGCAUAUGAUUUUACCAAUAUUUCCAUUCACGAAAUUUCGCCAUCUCAUAGUCUUCCUAAUAGUGACAACUUUGUUGUUGAGCAUGGUUAUACUCUUUACAAUAAACCUACUACAAUUUUUUAUGGACCAAAAAAUAAUAAUUGUCCUUUGAUUGUAUGGCCACAUGGAGGCCCUCAUUUAUCAUCUUUAGACUCUUAUAGAGCAGAUUUUGCAUUCUUUGUUCAGAUAGGUUUUGCUAUGUUGUUUAUAAAUCAUCGAGGAUCCACAGGCCUAGGUAAAGAUUAUCUUGAAUCAAUAAUUGGUAAUAUAGGUAAUUUUGACGUCAAUGAUGUUUACAAUGCAAUUCAGUCUAAUCCUUUGUGGUCCAAUAGAAAAUUGGUGUCAUUUGGUGGUUCAUAUGGAGGGUUUUUGGUUAUACAUUUAAGUGGACAGUAUCCAUUAUUAUUUAAAGCAGUGUGUGCACUGAAUCCUCCUACUGAUUUAAUAGCUGUUUUUGGGUCAAGUGAUAUUCCUGACUGGGUGAUUACAGAAGUUGGUUAUAAUUUCUCUGACGUAGAUUCCUUGGCAAAUUCCAAAGAUGUUUUAAUGAAAUUAGCAGAUUGUUCGCCGUGCAAAAACGUUCAUAAAGUUCAAGCUCCUACACUUUUAUUACUCGGUGAAAAAGAUGUACGCAUUCACCCAUCCAUAAGUCUAGCAUAUUACCAUCUUCUUAAGAAAAACGGUGUUAUAUCUAGAGUGUUGAUGUACGACGAUUGUCAUCCAUUACAUACUGUUGCCGCUGACAUGGAUAGUCUUAUAAAUGCAGCAUUAUGGUUUAUCAAGUAUUUAAAUAGUGAUUUGGAAAAAUAAAUUAUUCUUUAUUAAU